GGGAAGAGCACAGCACCAAGCAAGUGGUCACCAAACCACCGCUCGUUCGCUCUCUUUUACUGUGACUCCUCUACGGCUCCACGCUUCAAUUCUUUCACCAUCACCCCAGAAACCAAUCAAGAAGACUUCAUCUUUUUUCCCUUUCCUCUCGAUCAUGUGGUCUUCAGAAAAUGACAAGCAUAACAGCAGCAGCCGCAACAACAACAACAAUAGCGGACAUGGGAGCAGUAGCAGGAUAGUGUCCUCCUCUUCCACGAGAUCUUCUCCUUCCUCCACCUCCUCCAUCCUCCCACAGACUCCAAGAAGGACCAUGGAGGAGGUGUGGAAGGACAUCAGCCCCGCCACCCUCCACCAAGAGAAACCCCUUGCUCCCCUUAUGGAGACGACCCAGUCCCAUCCCCACCACCACAACCACCACCACCACCGCCACCUCCACCUCCACCGGGCCCACCCUACUGCCUCCCCUUCCUUCCGGACCAUGAUCCUCCAAGACUUCCUCUCCGGUCCCUGCUCCACCGUCUCGCCCGCGGCCGCCGCCAUGGAGCACAUCCCCCUGCCUCCCUCGUCACCUCCUCUGCCCCCUACGACCCUCAGCCUCAACUCCGGUCUCGAGCUCCGGUGCCUUAGCGGCGGCGGUGGAGCCGGCGGUGGCGGCGGCGGCGGGUCUCUCCUUGGCAACGCCCGCUCUCGCUCCUGCUCCAAUUCCAACGAGUCUCGAGACAAUGGCCAGGCUCACAAAAAUGGGCAUGGUGGGUCUUUUAUGCCCUCCUAUUUCUCCGAUGCCGUCAUCGGCCCGCCGUCCCCCGCCGGGUUCUUCUCCUUCUGCGCCAAGAAGCGGAUGAUGCCGGAGGGCCCCGUCAUCGACGGCGACCGCCGAUAUAAGCGCAUGAUCAAGAACCGUGAGUCCGCAGCCCGAUCCCGCGCCCGAAAGCAGGCUUACACAAAUGAGCUAGAGCUAGAGGUUGCACAUCUUCUGGAGGAGAACGCCAAGCUAAAGAAACAGCACGAGGAGCUACGUAUGGCAAUGGCUGAUCAGCUGCCCAACAGAAACGCCCUCCAACGAAGCUCGUCAUCUCCAUUUUGACAGAGAACAAGAAAAGGGAGGGAUCAUUCUGCUGCCGAGAGAGCCUACAUCACCUUUUUCCCUCCCUUCUCCAACCUAUGUAUUAUCCUAUUCCCGACCAAAAAGAGAGAGGAAAAAAUGAAUUGGAUCGGACUAGUGUUUGUGCAGAUAUAGCAAUUGCCCUGAGAACACAUAAUUCAGAUCUUCCCCUUUCAUAUAUAUAU